AUGAUAAGAAUAAUGGCAGAACAAGAAUUAGAAUUUAUGGAGAACCAUGAAGAUGUAAGGGAGGAUAACGAUGAAGGUAAUACGAAUGCUGGCGGGACUACAACUGGUAGAGUACCAGAACAAGAGGAUGAAGAGGAGUUUGACGUCUUUCGAAACGUAGGUCAAGGUUUAGUGGGUCAUUACAAAGAGAUAAUGAUUCAAUAUUGGCAAGAGCUAAUUAAUGAAAUUGAAUCAACAAAUGAGCCCGGGUCACAGCACACAGAUGACUUUAAAUCACACUCAUUACCACUAGCGCGAAUUAAGAAAGUGAUGAAAACUGAUGAAGACGUUAGAAUGAUAAGUGCGGAGGCACCAAUCCUAUUUGCUAAAGCUUGUGAAAUCUUUAUUACAGAAUUGACCAUGAGGGCUUGGUGUGUGUCGGAGGAGAACAAAAGAAGAACUCUACAAAAGGCGGAUAUCGCAGAGGCGUUACAGAAGAGCGAUAUGUUCGAUUUUCUAAUUGAUAUUGUACCAAGGCACUUGCAGUAG